ACAUUUUUAUGUAGUUUUUGAAUUUUAGUAAUUAAGCUGCUACUCCUAAAAUUUCUGUAAAAUCAGGACAUAUAUAAUUAUAAUAUCUAAUUACCGUUUUUUGUGUAAAACUAUAUAUAUUUUUUGAAUACUACUAAAUGAAAGGACUUAAAAAGACAAAAUUGAAUCAGCGUCACGUUAUCAAAACCACCAACUAAAACUAUCUAUGGCAUUAUUUGUCUAGUUUUGCAAAGCUGAAUAGGUUAAACAAACGGUUUUGAAAGUGAGGGUUACAUAGACUUAUUCUGCUUAUAAAUGGCUCCUGUAUCUCCCUCGACACCACCGGAGCAUCUCACCACCGCCACGGCCAACGAGAGCAAGUUGGGCACCUACUUGUACCUCUCUGUCCUAUAUGUUGCUGGCAUCUCCAACUCCACCACUGAAGGUCGUCGAGCUAGUCGUCAGGAGACAACUAGCGGUUCAGCAUCACGAUGGCGAUGACAUACCAUUUGUUGCAGGGGAGGUGUCGUCGACGCUGCAUGUGGAGGCGUCAUCAACCAUCACAACAGAGUCCUCGUAAACGGGCUCACCAAGUGUUUCGUUACUGGAGACUCCAGCGUCUUCGUCUUUUCCGUCGUAUUGCUCUAGAGCUGAAAACCGUUUCGUACUGCGCCCGCUGUGCGGUGGAGGAUGACCGAAGGUUGAAGGAGAAGCUGACUUGUGAGACCCAUAUGUCAGCGAGUGGGAAGAGUAGCAGCAGGGGCAUUUUGGGCCAUACGGAAGGUGCGUACGCGUACGAUGACCUGAUAGUGGGACCAGGCAAUAGGAGACAGAAAAUAGCAAAAAUCGGAUAGACGGUAGCAAGUUUCAAAAUAGAUUAAUUGCAGUGUGAAAAAAAAACUAGUUUUUUUUAUUACUCUGCUCAUAGCGGGCGGACCGUGGGUAGUCACGCAAAAGAAGUCAGGCGCACGAAGCAAAAAGCGACAAGAGCUGGGAGGCGAUGACCAUCUCCACUUCCUCGACCUCGAGUCCUUGACCCGUGUAUAAAAGCCGGAGCCGGCCGGCGUCCCCCCUACCCACCCGGAGCCCCGCCUCCGCCUCCCGCUCCUCCACUCCACCCCCACCCAUGGCCAACCUCCCAGACGCCGACGCCGCGGGGUUCAAGCUCUUCGGCAAGGUCAUCCAGCCCCCCGACGCGCAGCGCGCCGCGGGCGAUGGCGAUGGCGCUGGCGCCCCUCCGCCGUCGCCGCCGGUCCUUCCUCCUCCUCCUCCUCCUCCCCCGCCCCCGCCGCAGCCUCUGCCCCUGCAGCAGGCGGCCGGGGCCGGGGGCACCGGCGGCGAGCCGCUGCCGUGCCCGCGGUGCGGCAGCCGGGAGACUAGGGAUGAAAACGGUCGGAAACGGUAUUUAUUCGUUUGGAUUACCACUUUCAUCCCUACGGGAGACCAAGUUCUGCUACUUCAACAACUACAACGUGCGGCAGCCGCGCCACCUCUGCCGCGCCUGCCGCCGCUACUGGACGGCCGGCGGCGCGCUCCGCCGCGUGGCCUCCGCGUCCCCGGGCCGCCGCAGGCCGCGCCCGAACGCCCGAUCGGCCGCCGCCGCCGCGGCGCCGUCCGCCUCCGCAGCCGCCAGGGAGGUGGGCGGGGAGCGUUGACUCGUCGGCGGUCGUAGGGGCGGCGGGUGGCCAGGUGUGCUCCGCACGCUUCGCUUCGCUUCGCACGGGGCCGGGGGCUUCCUUCCCGCGUGACGCCGUGACGUGAUGCCGCGCGCCCGGGCCCCAAGCCUCAGUGACGGGCCGGCCGGUUCGCGGUGGGGACCCCGCGCCUCGUCGCCCUUUUCACACCUACUGGUCCUCUCCUUUUGGUUUGUUAGAUUCUGUUUUCUAUAUACCAUUUUAGGAUUCUUUUGGUGGCCAAAAAAGAUGCUGCCGGCCUGCUGCGCUUGCGAGCGAGAGUUCAGUUCGGUAGGCCAGUCAAAAAGUGGUAGUCGUACUAGAGCAGUAGUAGUAGACUGGUAGUGCUGCUGCUGAAUGCUGAUGCAAAAUUCGGCAGCGGUGAAUUGGUGCCUGGGGUCGGUCAGGUCAGGUGGCAGAUUUCAGCCAUGGUUUGUUGGAAAGGAAGGAAAUCAAUCAUCCUCUUGGUUCACGUGA